AGGGGAGCCAUGCAAACCAUCCCUAUAGUGGGCUUGGGCACCUGGAAGGCCAGUCCAGGAGAAGUAGCCGAUGCUGUGAAGGUGGCUAUCAGCUUGGGGUACCGGCACUUUGACUGUGCUUACUUAUACCACAAUGAGAGUGAGGUCGGAAUGGGAAUCAAUUCUAUGAUCAAGGAGGGUGUGGUGAAAAGAGAGGAUCUGUUUGUUGUCAGCAAGCUGUGGUGUACCUACCACAAGAAGUCUUUGGUGAGAACAGCAUGCACCAAUACCCUAAAGGCCUUAAACUUGAAAUACUUGGAUCUCUACCUCAUACAUUGGCCCAUGGGUUUCAAGCCCGGAGAAAAAGAUGUGCCUUUGGAUUGCAAUGGCAUGGUCAUACCCAGUAACACCAACUUUCUGGACACAUGGGAGGCCAUGGAGGACCUGGUGAUUGAAGGACUGGUGAAGCACAUUGGGGUGUCAAACUUUAACCAUGAACAGCUUGAGAAACUUUUAAAUAAGCCUGGUUUGAGGUUCUGUCCCAUCACUAACCAGAUUGAAUGCCACCCAUAUCUUAACCAGAAGAAUCUGAUUGAGUUUUGCCAUAAAAGAAAUGUGUCUGUGACAGCUUACCGUCCUCUGGGAGGCUCAAUAGAUGGGGUUGACUUGUUGGAUGACCUUGUCAUUAGGAAGAUCUCAAAGAAGCAUGGGAAGUCUCCUGCUCAGAUUUUGAUCCGAUUUCAGAUCCAAAGGAAUGUGAUAGUGAUACCCAAAUCUGUAACCCCAAGUCGGAUUAGGGAGAAUUUCCAGGUAUUUGAUUUUGAAUUAACUGAAAAAGAUAUGGAGGAACUCCUAAGCCUAAACAAGAACCUCCGGUUGGCUACAUUCCCCUUAACAGAAAACCACAAGGACUAUCCUUUCCACAUAGAGUACUGAAGGCAGCUUCCCUCACCCUCGUUUGUUCUCAGAUCACCAAGGUUGGCAGCAUGGUUCCACCUCUGCAAAGGCUGUGUGGUCUCAGCCAGGAAUGACAACAGAGUUAGAAGCAAGGGAAAUUCUGCUUAGAGCAGAGGACCUGUUCUUGGAGAAACAUAAAGACACAAUAAUGAGAAAGAGAAGUUCCAUGAGGGCCAUGGCUGUUGCUGAGUUGUUAGACUGUUGCUAAACAAUGUAAUUUAUGUAGAUUAGUCCUUGUGGCUUCUAUCCUCUGAAAUGAGAUACUGAUGGCUCAUGAAUUAAAAUUACCUUCACCUUUGAAGAAAAUCCGCUUGAUAGAAGUGUUUGAAUAAUCUAUAACAUUUGAGAAGUUAAUAUAAUUAAUAUCCAUAAGUUGGCUUCAAAAGCCAUCGGCCUGAGGCCAGUUGUGUUUUUCCUUUAUACUACUCUCUGCACUCCAGAGCUUUCUAGAUUAUUUUCAAGCAAAAUCUACCCUCACAAAGCAAAAUGACCAUGAUACUUUGCAUAUCUCAGAUUACUUAUACUUAAACCAGUGCCAAUUUGGAAUUUUUUUUCCUUAAUCAUGAUUCAUAUCAAAAUGAUCCUUUGACUUGUGGGCUGCAUGGAUUUGAUGGGAGCAUUUCCAAUGCAAUGGGACUGAGGAUGGAAUUCCCCAUUAGCAGUGGUCCUGAACAUGUGCUUGUCUGCAGAAUGAGAAUAUAAGACCUCACCACUC